AUGGCAGUACCCAGCCUGUGGUCCUGGAUAGCAUGUCUGCUUGUGAUCCUCCUCUCCUUGGGAUUCGGCCUGGACACACUAGAGGUGUGCCCCAGCCUGGACAUCCGUUCAGAGGUGGCAGAACUUUGGCGGUUGGAGAACUGCAGUGUAGUGGAGGGCCACCUGCAGAUCCUGCUCAUGUUCACAGCCACAGGAGAGGACUUCCGUGGCCUCAGCUUCCCACGUCUCACCCAGGUCACCGACUACCUGCUGCUCUUCCGUGUCUAUGGCCUGGAAAGCCUCCGUGACCUCUUCCCCAACCUAUCAGUCAUCCGUGGCACCCGCCUCUUCCUGGGCUAUGCACUGGUCAUCUUCGAGAUGCCGCACCUGCGGGACAUAGGGCUGCCAGCUCUGGGGGCUGUACUGCGGGGAGCCGUACGGGUAGAGAAGAACCAGGAGCUCUGCCACCUCUCCACCAUCGACUGGGGCCUGCUGCAGCCUGCACCUGGAGCCAACCACAUCGUGGGCAACAAGCUAGAUGAAGAAUGUGCCGAUGUGUGCCCUGGCACACUGGGCGCUGCUGGUGAGCCCUGUGCCAGGACCACCUUCAGCGGGCACACCGACUACAGGUGCUGGACCUCCAGCCAUUGCCAGAAAGUGUGCCCCUGCCCUCACGGGCUGGCCUGCACAGUGAAGGGUGAAUGCUGCCAUGCUGAAUGUCUCGGGGGCUGCAGCCAGCCAGAAGAUCCCCGUGCCUGUGUGGCCUGCCGCCACCUCUACUUCCAGGGUGCCUGCCACCAGGCCUGCCCUCCAGGUACCUACCAGCAUGAGUCCUGGCGCUGUGUCACAGCUGAGCACUGUGCCAGCCUGCGCUCUGUGCCCAGCCGCGCCUCCACCUUUGGCAUUCACCAGGGAAGUUGCUUGGCCCAGUGCCCUCCAGGCUUCACCCGUAAUGGCAGCAGCAUAUUCUGCCAGAAGUGUGAGGGGCUGUGCCCCAAAGAGUGCAAGGUGGGCACCAAGACCAUCGACUCUGUCCAGGCAGCACAAGAGCUGGUGGGCUGCACCCACGUGGAAGGGAGCCUCAUCCUCAACCUUCGCCAGGGCUACAAUCUGGAGCCGGAGCUGCAGCGCAGCCUGGGGCUGGUGGAGACCAUCACCGGCUUCCUCAAAAUCAAGCACUCCUUUGCCCUCGUGUCCCUGGGCUUCUUCAAGAACCUCAAACUAAUCCGGGGGGAUGCCAUGGUGGAUGGGAACUACACUCUGUACGUGCUGGACAACCAGAACCUACAGCAGCUGGGACCCUGGGUGGCGGCCGGGCUCACAAUUCCCGUGGGCAAGAUCUACUUCGCCUUCAACCCGCGCCUCUGCCUGGAGCAUAUCUACCGUUUGGAGGAGGUGACCGGAACGCGAGGGCGGCAAAACAAGGCCGAGAUCAACCCCCGCACCAACGGAGACCGAGCCGCCUGCCAGACUCGCACCCUGCGCUUCGUGUCCAACGUUACGGAGGCCGACCGCAUCCUGCUGCGCUGGGAGCGCUACGAGCCGCUGGAGGCCCGCGACCUGCUCAGCUUCAUCGUGUACUACAAGGAGUCCCCAUUCCAGAAUGCAACAGAGCACGUGGGGCCAGAUGCCUGUGGGACCCAGAGCUGGAACCUGCUGGAUGUGGAGCUGCCCCUAAGCCGCACCCAGGAGCCAGGGGUAACACUGGCCCCCCUCAAGCCUUGGACACAGUACGCAGUGUUUGUGCGGGCCAUCACCUUGACCAUCGCUGAGGACAGUCCUCACCAAGGAGCCCAGAGCCCCAUUGUGUACCUCCGAACCCUGCCUGCAGCGCCCACGGUGCCCCAAGAUGUCAUCUCCACCUCCAACUCCUCCUCCCACCUGCUGGUGCGCUGGAAGCCCCCGAUCCAGCGCAACGGUAACAUGACCUACUACCUGGUGCUGUGGCAGCGGUUGGCAGAAGACGGUGACCUCUAUCUCAACGACUACUGCCAUCGUGGCCUGAGACUGCCAACAAGCAACAGCGACCCCCGCUUCGACCGCGAAGAAGGGGAACUCGAGACCGAGGUGGAGCCCGGCUGCUGCCCUUGCCAGCACCCACCUCCUGGGCAAGCCCUGCCCCCGCUGGAGGCGCAAGAAGCCUCAUUCCAGAAGAAGUUUGAAAACUUUCUACACAACGCCAUCACCAUCCCCAAAUCUCCUUGGAAAGUGACGUCCAUCAACAAGAGUCCCCAAAGGGACUCGUGGAGGCACCGCCGGGCCGCGGAGGCCCCUCGGCUAGCGGGAAACAGCUCGGAUUUCGAGAUCCAGGAGGACAAGGUGCCCCGGGAGCGAGCGGUGCUGAGCGGCCUGCGCCACUUUACGGAAUACCGGAUCGACAUCCACGCCUGCAACCACGCGGCUCACACCGUGGGCUGCAGCGCAGCCACUUUCGUCUUUGCGCGCACCAUGCCCCACAGAGAGGCCGAUAGUAUCCCAGGAAAGGUGGCCUGGGAGGCGGCCAAGAACAGUAUACUCCUACGCUGGCUUGAGCCACCAGACCCCAAUGGACUCAUCCUCAAGUAUGAGAUCAAGUAUCGACGUUCUGGAGAGGAGGCCACAGUGAUUUGUGUGUCCCGCCUGCGAUAUGCCAAGUUCGGAGGAGUCCAAUUGGCUCUGCUGCCCCCUGGAAACUACUCUGCUAGGGUUCGGGCAACCUCACUGGCUGGCAAUGGCUCCUGGACGGAUAGUGUCGCCUUCUACAUCCCUGGCCCAGAUGAAGAGGAUUCUGGGGGGCUGCAUGUCCUCCUCACUGUCACCCCCAUCGGGCUCAUGCUGCUCAUCAUUCUUGCUGCCCUUGGUUUCUUCUAUAGCAAGAAGAGAAACAGCACCUUGUAUACCUCUGUGAAUCCGGAGUACUUCAGCGCCUCUGAUAUGUACAUCCCUGACGAGUGGGAGGUGCCUCGGGAGAAGAUCUCCAUAAUCCGGGAACUGGGCCAGGGCUCUUUUGGGAUGGUUUAUGAGGGGCUGGCAAGAGGACUUGAGGCUGGAGAGGAGUCCACGCCCGUGGCCCUGAAGACGGUGAAUGAGCUGGCGAGCCCACGGGAACGCAUUGAGUUCCUCCAGGAGGCCUCUGUCAUGAAAGCAUUCAAGUGUCACCAUGUGGUACGUCUCCUGGGCGUGGUGUCCCAGGGCCAGCCAACUCUGGUCAUCAUGGAGUUAAUGACGCAUGGAGACCUCAAGAGCCACCUUCGAUCUCUGCGGCCCGAGGCUGAGAACAACCCCGGGCUCCCACGGCCCACUCUGGGGGACAUGAUCCAGAUGGCUGGUGAGAUUGCAGAUGGCAUGGCGUACCUUGCUGCCAACAAGUUUGUGCACCGAGACCUGGCGGCCCGCAACUGUAUGGUGUCCCAGGACUUCACUGUCAAGAUUGGGGACUUCGGGAUGACUCGGGAUGUGUAUGAGACAGAUUAUUACCGUAAGGGUGGAAAGGGGCUGCUGCCGGUGCGCUGGAUGGCCCCAGAGUCUCUCAAAGAUGGAAUCUUCACCACCCACUCGGAUGUCUGGUCCUUCGGCGUGGUGCUCUGGGAGAUCGUGACCUUGGCUGAACAACCCUACCAGGGCCUAUCCAACGAGCAGGUGCUCAAGUUUGUCAUGGAUGGUGGGAUCCUAGAGGAGCUAGAUGGCUGUCCCCUUCAGCUGCAGGAGCUGAUGAGCCGCUGCUGGCAGCAGAACCCACGCCUGCGCCCCACCUUCACCCACAUCCUGGACAGCAUACAGGAGGAGCUGCGGCCCUCCUUCCGCCUCCUCUCCUUCUAUUACAGCCCCGAUUGCCAGGGUGGCCGGGGUUCCCUGCUGUCCACUGAUGCAGAGCCUGACUCCCUCCAAGCCCCAGGAGAUGCUUCCUCAAACUGCAGCCCCCAAAAUGGGGGUCUAAGGAAUUGA